AUGUCGAAACAAUUAAACCAAUCUAAGCUUCAUCCUGAAAAAUCCAUCAAACAACAUCAAUUUAUGUUUAAUUCUUUCCCAACUGUAUCUAAUGUAACUUCACAAAUUAUACUUCCUUUUCCUCCAAAUAUUAGUGCUAAUGAAAUUGCUGAUAAGAGAAGAAAAGAUCAAAUUAUGCUAAAAAGCCCAAAUGCUUUUAUGAUUUAUAGAAUGGCGUUUUUGGAUCAUCUUAACUUAUUAAAUCAGAAUUUUAAAAUGACUGAUGUAUCAAAAUUAGUCAGCAUUUAUUGGCGAAACGAACCUGAUACAGUUAAAGAUGCUUACAAAAAAAUUGCUCAUGAAGUGGAGCAAGAAUUAAAUGAAAGAAGGAAAAAGAAUGUUCUUUUUUGUAGAGUUUCCUGGAAAGAUUCAAAAUUUACAAAAUUUGAUGAAACAUUGACUUUUGAAUACCCUAAUAAUUUCACAUUUGUUCCUUUCUCUCAUGAAGGAACAACAUCAUUCAAUACAUCAUCGAAUGAUAUUAAUAAUUUUUCAACACACGAAACACAAAUAAAUUCUAUCGAUAAUAAUAAUAAUCCUAACUUUGGAUAUGAAUUUAUAGAAUUUGAUGACAUAAAUAAUUGUACUGAUUAUCUUAAUUUUGAAUAUGAUAAUAAUAUAAUUGAUUAUUAUCUAUAA